CGACUCCCUUCACUCCAAUAGUCCCCGCCUCCUUCCUUCCUACCUUCCUUCCCUUUCCUUCGAUCUCGUCUGCUGCAGGCGGCGAUGUCAGCUCUGUUGGCCCCUAGGUGCAGGGAGUCGAAGAUCAAGCUCCUCGCCGCCGCCCUCCUCCGUCCAUCCUCCGCCGUUAACCCCGUCCCUUCUCCUCCCUCUCGGUCUGCUGUUCCCCACCACCACCACCACCAGCACCGCCACAGCCGCCCGUUCCCCCAAACCCCGACCUUCCCUCGCCUCCCCUCUCACCACCAUCCCCAUGUCCUCCCACCUCCUCCUCUUCGCUCCUCCUGCUCCUACUCCACCGCCUCUCCCUCCCCUUCCGACAAGCCUCCACAGCCGACCGAGUACCCCAGCCAAAACCCCAACUUCAAGCACCAGGAGAUCGAGGGCCCCACCGUGGAGCGCGACCCCUCCGCCCUGGCCAACGAGACCCGCCAGGUGCUCGAGGGUUUGAUCAAGACCCUGUACAGCUCCAGCAAGGCGGUCGCCGCCCUGGGCCUCCUCCAGCUCGCCCUCGGCGCUUGGAUCUCCUACCUCACUCGCUCCUCCCCCAUCUUCGAGGCCUCCCUCCUCGGCUGCGUCGCCUUCGGCUUCCCUUUCUCCCUCGCCUUCCUCCUCCGCCAGUCCGUGAAGCCCAUCUUCUUCUUCUUCAAGAUGGAGCAGCUCGGUCGCCUCCAGAUCCUCACUCUCUCGCUUCAGGCUGCCAAGAGCUUGAACCUCUUCUUCGUCCGGGCUCGUGGGGUUUCCUACUUCUGUGCCGGGGCUCUCUCCUUAGGUGUCUUGUUCACUUUGCUCUCCAAGUGACCCCACUCUCUCUAUCUCUCUCUCUCUCUCUCUCUCUCUCUCGUUUUUCGGCAUCCUUUUUGUUUCCCUGGCUUCUCGUAUCUAUUUACACACGGCACACAAUUCAUGGGUUUACCAAAUGGCUGGCCCGUCCCUCUUACGUAAUUUGUGAGGAGUAAGAGGAGCCAGAGGUUUUGAUGUGUGGCCCCUGACUGUUGUGGAAACCAUAAAUAAGUUGCCCUGAAAAUCAAGUCCCUACUUGCAAUGGCAGGUUCAUUCUGUCAAAAAUUGUAGUGCUUUCUGAUAGAUGGUCUUCUUAUACUUUACUUUACUUUACUCUAGCGUGUUGUUGUGAAAGUUGAAGAUGAUGACAAAUAUAUGGCUGCAUACAUGGUCCUAGCAUAUUUCUGUCCAGUUUUGCUGGAUGUGGCAGCAUUAGACUGGACACAUUGCCCAACCGUUAUGCAAUCUCCCUAGACAUCCAAUUAGUUGCCCUCAUUGUAAAGUAGCAAGAUCCGGAUUAACCUUUGGCCAGUAGAUGUAGAUAUGCCUAGGUAUUCGAUUCACUUGUCUCUGUUGUUGCGUGAUAUCUAGUCUUCUUUAUUAUAGUUAUCAGUAGUGAGACGUCAAAAUGUUCCUUAUGCAAUGGCUGCCUACAUCCUUUCAUGGUUACUCUUGUCAUCUCUGUCUGUGUUCCGCAAGGCUGGUAGAGGGCCAGUAUAUGUCCAAGUCUCCUCUGUCUCUCUUUUAUGAGUUAAGUUGCAGUGGCAACUUCCCAAAAGCAGAUAAAUUAAGUGUUCAUUUAGGCUGAUAGAUUAUAUUCUAUCGGCAUAAACAUGAUGUCUUUACAUAAUUGCGUGUUCAAUGGGGAGCACCUAGUCUUUGUUUUUGAGUUUGCCCAGAAGUGGCAUUUGGUAGUACUCUCCAGUGACUGGAUAUGAUUGUAUAAGAGUAGAGGUUAAAGGUGGUUGGA